AUGGCCACCUUGAGCUCGAAGCCGGCGUCACGCUACAGUGUGUCUGACUGGGCAACUAACAAUAAACAAAUCUCAAAUACUGCUGAACACAAACGCAAUGUUUCACAUGAGAUACGACAGGAAGGAAGAGCUCUGCGUAACGAAACAACCAACAAGACAAGCUGGAAUGAGUAUGACAGUACCCGAAAACUGAGUGACAGAAUUAAUGACAUCACACGCUGGAAGGAGAAUCUGAAAGCCUGUGCGCAGGAGGUGGAUGAAGAAAUGGACGCUCUCACUAUGUCCAAGGAGGAGAUGGAACGGGCUCUUGCAGCCACAGUUCUGCCUCUUGAAGUGACCGCCGAGUGCUUGAACCUGAGGGAAGGCCGUCGUGGGACGGAGCUGGUCAGUGACCCUGUAGAAGCUGAACUUAAGAAAGAAGUCGAGGUGAUCGAUGGAGCACAACGCGUCCUUCAGCAGUGCAUCGAUCAGGCCUUUGAACAGCUGUGUCGUCUACAGGAAGCUCGGCAACAGCUGACCAUUGACCUUCAGGAUAAAAUAGAGGCCAUCGAUGUGGAUAUGUCAUGCUUAUCUCUUACUAUACAAUCACCUGAGAUCUCACUGAAGCCUAACCCUACAAGAGUGCCUCCUGGUUCCACGAAUCCCCAGCAGUGGGAGCAGUUCAGCCGGUACAAUAUUAGCCGGGCAAGGGAAGAGAUGCAGGCCUCAGUGCAGAUAAGAGAAAAUAACAGCAUCACAAGAGCACAGGUGCAGAAUGAACUGGAAGCCCAACGAAUGGCGGUGGAGUUUGCUCUCCGUAAGCGAACUCACCACGAGGAACAAGCCCAUCAUGAUAUGCAAUGGCAACUGAAAACAACUCAAGAUGAGAUUGCUGAGCUGGAGAAGGAUAUCAUUGGACUGGAGGAGGACCUGCGGGCUAAGACAGCUCCUCUAAAGCUGGUCCACACCCGUCUGGAGAACAGGAUAAAGAGACCCGGCAUGGACCUGUGCCGAGAUGAGGUACAAUUUGGUUUGGUGGAUGAAGCCAAGCACCUGGAAGCCACUAUUCUGGCACUGAAACAGAAGCUAGCACAGGCCCAGCACUCUCUGCAGUCUCUGAAGCAGCAUGAAGCUCAGAUGAUGGAAGAUCUGUCUCGGAAACAGGACGCCCUGUCGCUGGAGCAGCGCAGCAACCAGACCCGGCAGCGAUUGAAUCUGGGGGGCACUAUUGAGGGUCUGCCUUCAGCUGUUGUGCCCCUAGCCAACUCUAGUGGCAGACACAAGCUCGACCUUGCUUGAGUUGAUUCCCUGAUUCUUAC